AUGUCAACAAGUACUAGUGCUCAUUGCCUUCUUCUUUUCCUUCUUUGCCUUUCUUUGCAUGCAUGUAACGCCCGGCGUCUCGGUGGGGUUGAGAAGAAGCCUGAAAACAAACUUCAUCUCAUCAACAAGAGUACUAAAGAAAAGGGUUCUGAUGAUAACAUUCCAGCUGUGGCAAAGGUGAAGUCUUUCUCAUCAAAGGCAGCACCUGAAGUGGCAAAAGAACAAAGCACAGCAGAGACUCAAAGUGAUAACAAUAUCAACACUAUGGAGCCCACGCACACAAUAGCCAGUGAUGUAUCAAGAAAAACAAAGAGGUCGGCCUCAGGUGCUGUUGAACAUCAUCCAAUAACUGCAGAUGAUGACGAUAACAAGUCGUCUUUCGAUUCAGUUUCAUGGCGUGUUCCCCACAAGAAACGUGGAGUUCAGAAACAACCAGGGUUCAAUCUGGACUACUCACCCCCAAAGACACACCCUCCUUCUCACAACUGA